GCAACGUCCCGACUACGACUAUGAAAUCCCUGUCCACGGCUGAACGUCGCUCUGUGAAUGCCAACCACUCAUCCGCCUCGCGACCCCGCGUCGCCUCGGGCGAAGAACACGACCGCCGCAGCGCCAGCACAGCAUCACAUGCGAAGAAACACUCGGCCGCCAUGCGCGCAACCGGCGCGACCCCGAGUGAGCGCCGCACAGAAAAGAGAGAGAUCCGCGAGCGGGAGACGGAGGUCAGGCGCACCAAGAGCCCGCUGAAGCCGUCAAGCGAGAGCCGCCCGAGUACUCGAACCCGCGCUGAGAAACAAGCGCGCGAUGUGGAGAGACCGUCUCGGAGCGCCGCUGGGCCAAAGGCGCAGCCCGAAGAGCCUCAGGCCCCGUGGGAGCCGCAGGCCUCGCUCAUAGCGCACACGACGGCUCCGCUCGCGACACGUAUUUCCAUUCCUCCGCUCGCCUCCACCGCCCCCGUUUCCUUGCAGCCCACGCCGCUCGCACAGCUGUCCGUCGAGGCCCAGGAGAGGGCGAUUCUGGAGGACCUGUUGUUUGUGUUUAUGGGCUUCGAGGGCCAGUACAUCCGCUUCAGCGAUGUCUACAAUCCACAUGAAGAGAAGGAGCGGCUGGUGGGACCCCAGUUUCGCCUGAUGCCCGGCCUAGACCCAAGUCUGCGCGACCUGACCAAGUCGAUGCUCAAAACAGCCACCCACUACAUCGCCAUCGAAGCCUGUGUCGAGGUUCUGAGCAGGGAGGAGUACGGUGCGGUCAACCACGCCUUGUGUGCUGCGGUACGGCGGUUGCUGAAGGACUACCUUACCCUGGUUGCGCAGCUCGAACACCAGCUCCUGACCAACGAGUCGUUUACGCUUCACGUGCUCAAUCUGCAUACCAAACAGACUAGCCACAUGCUGUUCCAGCUCUACACAACAGGAAUUGAAUUGCUGAAAGCGAAUGGCAUCCUGGAGGACGAAAAGGACGAGGACUCGGCCGAUGACGAUAGCAACGAUUUUGAAAACAUUCUCGAGUCGCUACGGGAAGGAGGAAAUACUACAAAGAAACUCUGCAAAGGCGGAAGCGUACUGGGCCUCAUCACAAAACGCUUGGCCUCCAUGUCGGGAGAUCCAGCAGCACGCACAUUACUCACCACCCUGCUACGGGAAGCUAGCAGACCAUACAUGGCCAUGUUGAACGAGUGGCUCCACCACGGCGGCAUCAGAGACCCGCAUUCCGAGUUUUUGAUCAAGGAACAGCGGAGUAUCAAGCGCGAGCGAUUAGACCAGGAUUACACCGACGAGUACUGGGAGAAGAGAUAUACCAUACGCGAUAGCCUCGUACCUCCACAGCUCGAAGCAGUCAAGGACAAAGUACUACUGGCAGGCAAAUACCUCAACGUAGUCCGCGAGUGCGGAGGCGUCGACGUAAGUAAGAUUGUGCAGGACGCGCCUACUAGCUUCGACGACCCUCGUUUCCUGGACAAUGUCAACUCCUCGUACGCCUACGCAAACUCCUCGCUUCUCAACCUGCUCCUUACAACACACCAACUUCCUGCGCGAUUACGUUCACUAAAGCACUACUUCUUCCUCGAUCGAUCCGACUUCUUCACGUACUUCCUUGAAAUGGGUGAGGUCGAGCUUAAGAAGCCAGCUAAGCAUGUUAAUGUCGGCAAGCUGCAAUCUCUGCUGGAUCUCGCCACUCGUCAUGCUGGUUCAGUCGCGGUGGAAGAUCCGUACAAGGAAGACAUCAAGGUCCAGAUCAAUGACACUGGAUUAACGAAUUGGCUCAUGAAGAUUGUCAAUGUCCAAGGUCUCGACCAAGAGGCUGCUACAGCUACACUUUCGAGCUACACGCCGGCAAACUCCGCGCCCAUUACAGACGAUACCAACAUCACAGGAUUCCAGGCAUUGGUGUUUGAUUAUGCUAUGCCGUUCCCACUCUCAUUGGUAGUUAGCAGAGUCACACUGACGCGCUACCAACUACUCUUCCGAUACCUUCUGAGCUUGAAGCAUCUCGAAACCGAUCUGGCCAAGUGCUGGGGUGAGCAGGGCAAGAAUGCAGCCUGGAAACACCGAUCAAAGAACCCCCGCAUUGAACAGUGGAAACGACGAGCUUGGACACUCCGCGCACGCAUGCUGGUCUUUGUGCAACAACUUACAUACUACUGCACAUCGGAAGUCAUUGAGCCAAACUGGGCCUCAUUGAUGUCGCGAAUAAGCGAGGAGAAGGACGCAAGGGGCAAGGGCACCGACGAGAGCGGCGGGCCUCAAGUGAAGCGAACAGUAGACGAGCUGAUGCAAGAUCAUGUUGACUUUCUCGCAACCUGUUUGAAGGAAUGCAUGCUCACCAACAGCAAGCUGCUUCGGAUUAACAACAAGAUCAUGUCAACAUGCAGCAUGUUCGCAUCCUUCACCUAUUCGCUCUCCCGCUACCUGGUAACCGGUGACCCGGACCUUGUUGCCCAGAUCAACGCUACGUUUGCCCAACAAGCAGCCAAAGCCUCCAAGACCCCUGCUGCCCCGCUCCUAACCUCAACACACCGUUCCACAACACAGUUUGUGUACGAUCCGCAGCGCGUCGACAAGAUGUUCGACAUGCUGGCCAAGUACGAGGAAAACUUUACUCGCCAUCUAAAGAUCCUGCUCGACACGCUCAACUACCUUGCUGCUACCGAGACGGUCGUCUUUCUCAGUCUGUGUGCGCGCUUGACGAGCGCAGGCGAGGGGCUCAGUGGGUUUCAGGUGCCUAUGGGUAUGGAGGGUAUCGCAUAG